GUAUUUUCCCAUCUCGAGCAAAACAUAAAAUUAUUCUAUCUUUUGUUGACAAAAACACACACACAUUCACAUUUGAAAAUGGAAAUCAAGCGAAGCAAGACCAGCCGGGUGGCGGAGUUCGAUAGGGAUUCCAAGCUGGAUCUAAUAAAGGCAGUGGAGAAAAGGCCAGUAAUUUGGAACCUUAAAGAUCGCAAACAUUUUGACACGAUUGCAUCAAAGAGUGCAUGGGAAUCUGUUGCCGCUGAAAUAAAGAAGGAUGCGAAUAGUUGUAAAAUAGCUUGGAAAUCGCUGAAAGACAGCUACCGAUACCACAUCAAGUCAGCAACCAAGAAGCAGUUGAAGAAUGGAAGUGCAGGAGGGGUCCAAAUGGAGAACCCAGUGGCAAAUGAAAGUGUGGAGUGGGUGUUUGCCCCACACAUGGCAUUCUUGCCCGACCUUUUCACUCAGAGGCGGACGUUUACCUCUAUAUUCUUUCCCGAGGAGGAUACAGAGUCCAGCCCAGUCGGGCUGGAUGAUACUGCGGUUUUGGAGACCAAUUGGUCCGAGAGCGAGUUGAAUAUAAAGCAGGAGCUGGACGAUUUCAGUAGCUCUACGUAUUCUUAUGAAAGCAAAGCAAAGAAGCGAUCUGUGCCUAAAAAUGAAACAUCUGCCUCUCAGGUGUGUGAAAUCCUGGAAAAACUGGUCAAUCAGCAAGAGGCUCAAGCAGUUGUCAUGAAUCCAGUUUCGGCAUACUGGGACUACAUGCUGAGCUCGUUGCCCCUGGAGGAUAGGGCAGAAGUAGAGGACGAUGUAACGCAGUUGAUCAUUGCAAGGAAAAGGGAGUUGAAAAAAGCUGGAGAACGAAUGGACUAGUUAUAAGUUCUUUACGUAUAAUUAUUUUUUAAUA